CUUGUACGGAACUAAAGAUCGACGUUUUUGACGUCACAUGUCAUAUAUUUGUGGUUAUGUGUUCUUCGAAAAUUUUAGGAUUCUUAUUUUGGAAUCAAUGAGCUCGUCUUUAGAUUGGUAUCGAAAGUUUUAAUUUGUGAAUACAUUUUAUUUAGCCUGUGUGUUUUAAACAAUUGACCUUUUUCAAUUUGAAUGUAUCUUGUGCAUACAAAAAUACCCCAUUCAAAAAAAAAAUAUUCCAAAAAUGGAACCAAUUUCGUUUCCUUCGACAUCAAAGGCGAUACUUGGAUCUCAAUGGACUGUGAGAACAGAAGUAGCUGGACCAUCAGCAUUAACCCCUAAUUCCAACAAAAAAGUUGGGGAGAAGAACAAAAAAACUCGAAGAAGUAGUAGAGGCAAAACACAACAUCCUCAAUCAGUUGAUGGCAUUGCAGAAUCUUCCAGGAACCUUUUAACAUCGAUGGCAAAUCUUAGUUUACACGAUUACUCACAACUUUCUACAAGUAUGAAAAGUAUUUCUUAUGGUGCUCCAAUAGAUUUUUCAAAAAAGGGAAACCCUAACAAGAUACCAGCUAAAUCAAAUGCAAAUAUGAUUAAGAAAAAUACAAGUGUUAAUGUAAUUCCGAAAAAGACUGAUACAAAUGUGGCACCAAAAAAACAAAAUACAAAUGUGGUACCCAAAAAAUCAAAGGUGAAGUUCAUACCAAUGAAUGAACUCCAAUUCCUUGGUUUUGGGAAUGUAAAAACAAAUGUCCCACAAAAAAGAUUCCCAAAUAGUACAAUUGUAAAUGUAAAUUUGCCUCACAUGAACAACAUACAUAACACACCAAAAAAAGCAAACUCAAAAAAUAUUGCAAAGAAAGUAAGCACACCUAAACAAGCUGAUAUACAGAAGAAAUCAAACACUGCUACUCCAAAUGCUAGUGCCAAACAGAAGCAAAUAAGCAAAGUUACUUUCAACUGCAGUAUAAACCCUGUCAAAGCGCAAAAGUCUGGCAGAUUUCUCCGCAAAAGAAAUACAAGGUAUAGAUAUGUUAAUCUGAAAUCAUUUGGUAGAGAAACCAUCCCUCAUGUUUUCAAUACAAGCCCUGAGAUUUUAAAGAGGCUAAUAGGUACCAUUAAAAAGAGAAUAGUUGAUAAAACCAAACCGAAGUCGGAGCUGAGAAAAUAUCCAAAAAAGAAUAGAGAGAAAGCUGAUAGCAUAAGUCAAGAGGAGUUGAUUCCUGAAUUUCCUGAAUAUAUGAGCAAGGAAGACGUUGAGGCUGGUAUAGCAAAUAGUACUUUGAUCAAAGGGUUUCUAAGAAUCAAUCCGAAGAAUUGCAGAGACUCAUAUGUCAGCAAUGAGGAUACCACAUUGGCAGAUUAUUAUUUGACUUCUGUUUUUGAUAGAAAUAGAGCUUUGGAAGGUGAUGAAGUUGUACUGCAAAUUAAACCUGAAAGUAAUUGGGUUGAUGGACAAAAAACAGCAAGGGUUGUAUUCAUAAAGGAAAUGGUCCAUUCUAGGGUAGUGGUAGGCUCCCUAAAACCAGAGAGCAAGAAAAAUGCCGAUUAUGCUCUGUUAUAUCCAAGAGACAAAAGAUGUCCAGUUCUGAGAAUACCUGAAUUUAACCUCCCUAAUUUCUUUAAACAGAAACCAGAGCAGUUUGAGAACAUCAUUUUCGUGGGGAAAAUACUUAAAUGGGAUAUCGUUGCAUAUGCUCAAGGAGUUAUUACUGAAAAUCUGGGACAAUCUGGAGAUUUGAAAGUUGAAACUCUGUCAAUACUCAGAGAGUUCCAGGUGGACAUAACACCCUUUUCAAAAGAAAUGACAGAGAGUUUGCCUUUGCUGAAAGACAUUCCUGAAAAGGAGCUAGAAUACAGAGAAGAUUUGAGAAAAGAGUGUAUUUUUACUAUUGAUCCAGAGACAGCUAGGGACUUAGAUGAUGCAGUUUCAGUCAAGCAGCUUGAAAAUGGCAAUUUAGAGGUGGGAGUACACAUUGCGGACGCAUCCUUUUUCUUAGAAGAGGGAACAGAACUAGACCAAAUGGUCAGUAAAAAGGCGACCACAAUUUACUUGGUAGACAAGGUGUUUCACAUGUUGCCAGUGGAAUUAUGUAUGAAUUGCUCACUAUUACCUGGUGAAGAUAAACUGUCGUUUUCCGUGUUCUGGGAAAUGACGGAAGAUGCAGAGAUUGUCAGUAAACGCUUCUCUAGGAGUAUUAUGAACUCUUGUACAAAAUUAGCAUAUGAACAUGCUCAAAUAGUUAUAGAAAACCCUGAUGUGGAAUUUACUACAGACGAUUUCCCCACAAUUCAUAAUGGUUUCACACCCAAGGACCUUGUUGAUGGGAUAAAAAUGUUGCAAAAGCUUGCUGCUAAGUUACGCGAGAACAGGAUAGAAAAUGGUGCUUUGAGAAUCGAUCAGGUGAAAUUGAUAUUCAACUUGGACCCGAACUCCGGAGAACCAACAGAGUUCAGUAUAUAUGAAAACAAAGAAGCCCACAGACUGAUAGAAGAGUACAUGCUGUUAGCUAACAUCUCAGUGGCUGAGAAGAUAAAAGAUUCUUUUCCGGAUAUGGCAUUUCUUAGAUGCCAUGAAUCCCCUAAGCAUACUAUGUUGUUGGCCCUACAGAACAGUUUAUCAUGCUGUGGGAUAGAUAUGGAUGUUUCGUCUUCUAAGGCACUCUGUUCUUCAGUAAAGAAGUAUUCGACUAAUGAUCAUACAGGUUUGUGUAGGUCAGUUGUUUUGAACCACUUAACGGCAAAAGCUAUGGCGCGAGCAAGAUACUUCUGUGCAGCUACGAUGGAGUCUGAGGAUGAAUUCAAGCAUUAUGCUCUAAGUGUGCCAAUUUACACUCACUUUACCUCACCUAUACGAAGAUACGCGGACAUCAUGGUUCAUAGACUUUUAGCUGCAAGUUUAGAUUAUCAAGAAGCACCCAAGUGGGACGUAGACUACGUGUCAGCGAUAGCAGCAAAUUGUAACGCCCAAAAGUACAACGCCAAGAAAGCUGGAGAUGCAAGUAGUGAACUAUUUUUAGCAUUCUACAUAGAGAAAAAUCAACCUUUUUACGCGGACUGUGUUGUGGUCGACAUCAAACAGAGAAGUUUUGAUGUUAUUGUAUUAAAAACUGGCAGCAUAAUCAGAAUAUAUCCAAAUACGUGUCAAACAAAGACAACGUGGAAAGUAGAAGCACUACCAAUCACCGGUCCAGAAACACAGUGUGAGAAGAGGCCUUUGAAGUUAACAAUAACCUUUCAAAAAACUAAAAAAAAUCCUAAAGUGGACUUGGUUUUAGAAAUAUUUUCAUCCGUGAAGGUCAGAUUAGAAAGAAAGCAGAACUCGUACAAAUUGGAAGGUACAUUGUUGAGGCCGAUACCUAAGCAAGUUUUUGUAAAUAAAAACAUUAAGGAUCCUGAAAACAGUGAAAACGUAUAGUUUGUUUUUCGGCUUGUGUGGUUACAGUUAAGUGAAAUAUGUAUUCACGAUGCAAACCCCCUUAGGACACUAAGAUACUAAUGUGGAAUUGGAUUUUUUUGUCACUUGAUUUUAUGUAUUUGUUAAUUUGUCUUAAGGUAAGCCACUUUAUAGAAAAAGUAUGAGGAUACUGAGUGACAAAAAAAGGUAGACCCCUACGUAUGUUUAUGCGAUUUUAAUAAUUUUUGGCAUAUACAGUAAUGGACAAAAGUAUAUAGACAAAUUAAUAUUGUGCUGUAUUUCUUUUUUAACUUGUUUUAUUAAUACACCAACCUGUAUACAUAAUUCGUUAUAGCAUAAUACUCACUUAUACAUAAAUAAAUUCAUUAGACUCCCUUCAAUAAAAAAUUAAUUGAAAAAAACUGGAACUAUGAAGGACAAAAAUAUAUAGAUACAGCAAAACAAUUAUAGAAAAACGAAGCAAAGUUCAUUGAAUUAUAGAAAACCAACCAUGUUUGUGUUAAUAUUUUGUAGCAUAACCAUUAUUAUCAAUCACCGCCUGGCAUCGUCUCGGCAUAGAUUGUAGAAGUUUCUUGAUAUAAGAUUCAUCAAUCUGUCUCCACUUUUGCUCUAAAGCGGCAAAAAGUUCAUCUUUGUUUGAAUAAUUUUUAUCUAGUAUUUGCUUAUCUAAGUAUUCCCAUAGAUUUUCAAUUGGGUUUAUAUCGGGAGACUGUGAAGGCCAUUUGAGAACUGGUAUUUUUUCAUCCAGAAAGAAUUUCUUUGCAAGAUUUGAAGUGUGCUUCGGGUCAUUAUCUUGCUGGAAGAUUGAUCUUAAGGGCAUAUUGUCUUCCAUGUCAUGCUUUAGUAUGUCUGUAUACAAACUUAUCCAGAAUGCCACCUAUUCUAUGUAAAGGUCCCAUCCCAAACCCCGAAAAGUACCCCCCAACCAUAACAGACCCGCCUCCAUGUUUAACAGUGGGAAAAGUGUACUUGGGGUUCAAUCUUUGUCCACUAGGAUGUCUAACGUAAUGAACACCAUCUGAUUCAAACAUAUUGAACUUGGAUUCGUCACUGAAACAUACCCUCUUCCGUCACAGAUGCUCCAAUCAAGAUGCAACCGUGCAAAUUGUAAUCGGUCCUUACGGUUUUUCCUCGAGAUUAGCGGCUUCUUACUCGGGUGACGUGCAAAUAACUUCAAAUCAUUUAAUCUUCUACUUAUAGUUUUCGUAGAAACACUGACAAUUCCUUUUGUCUCGAUUUCGGCUUUUAUUUGUCUUGGGGUUUUAAACGGAUCUUUGAACGAAAUUACUUCUAUUAAUCUAAUUGAUCUAGCAUUCAGUUUUCUAGGCCGACCACUUUUCUUAAAGGCUUCCAAGAUACCUUUUUGUUUAUAUUUGUUCGAUAUUGCCCAAACUGCUUUACGCUUCAGGUAAAUAUUCAUAUAUGUCCAUAUACUUUUGUCCAUUACAGUACUUAGGUGUUAACCUUUUAUUACGUUCAUUUGUUCCUAAAAAUCUAUGACAUAUUAUAUUAAUUUAUAGGAAUAAGCACAUCAUGUUGGUCAGUUCAGUGCAAACGUCGAAUUGCAGCUAUGAUUUUUAAUGGUCGACAAUCCAAUUUCCUCGUUUUUUUUUUUCUCUCAAACAGCCGGGAUUAAGGUCUAUUUUUGGUGAAUAUUCACAUUUUUUAAUAACACGAUAUCGGGUGAUUAAGAGUCAUAGACUGUCAAAAAGCUAACUCAAAGCAAGUGAAAAAAAUUGUGUUGUAUAAAUUUUAAGGUAUGAUAGGAUUAGUCUAAUUUUUAUAAAUAUUUUUAUUUGAAUGCAUCUAUAAUUUCAUGACUCAACGACAAUUUUGUAACAGUUGACAAACGCCAGUAUUGGGAUUAAAACUUCUUUCUACAUUUGUAUCCUUUUAUUCUAAUCUAAUGUAUAAAAUGUCU